CCGAGCAGUCGGGGCCCGCAGUGUCUGCGCAUGCGCAUGACCAUGCAGGUAACCGGUGGGAGCUGAUGCAAUUCGUCAACGUGACUUGUUGGCGGUAGAGCUGGAGGUGGAGGGUUGUUCAUCGUUGGCUCUCUAAGCUGAUCUGCACACGAUCGCCAUUGGAAGCAUUCGGCAACAUGGGGGAAAGCAGAAAUGUUAAGGAGAAAAUCAGUCUUAUCGCACGAAACUUGCAGGAGGUCUUGGGUGAGGAUAAGUUGCAUUCCAUUCUGCAAGAGCGAGACCUGAAAGUUUACUGGGGAACGGCCACGACUGGAAAGCCCCAUGUAGCAUACUUUGUGCCAAUGUCAAAGAUUGCUGACUUCUUGAAAGCUGGGUGUGAGGUAACUAUUUUAUUUGCUGAUUUGCAUGCUUAUUUGGACAACAUGAAAGCCCCUUGGGAACUGCUUCAACUAAGAACGGAGUACUACGAACAUAUUAUAAAAGCCAUGCUGGAAAGUAUAGGUGUAUCAACAGAAAAACUCAAAUUUGUGAAAGGGACCGAUUAUCAGUUAAGCAGGGAAUACACUUUGGAUGUCUACAAGUUGUCCUCUGUAGUGACCCAACAUGAUGCCAAAAAAGCUGGUGCGGAAGUAGUUAAACAAGUGGAACAUCCACUCCUCAGUGGUCUCCUGUAUCCUGGGUUACAGGCCCUAGAUGAAGAGUAUUUGAAAGUUGAUGCACAGUUUGGUGGGAUUGAUCAGAGGAAAAUAUUCACCUUUGCAGAAAAGUACCUUCCAGCUCUUGGGUAUUCCAAGCGUAUUCAUUUAAUGAACCCUAUGGUCCCAGGUCUGACUGGAGGGAAAAUGAGCUCUUCUGAAGAGGAAUCCAAAAUUGAUCUGCUUGACAAAAAGGAAGAUGUAAAAAAGAAGUUGAAAAAGGCGUUCUGUGAACCUGGCAAUGUGGAGAACAAUGGUGUUUUAUCCUUUGUGAGGCAUGUCUUGUUUCCAUUGUAUGGAGAAUUUGUAAUUUUGAGAGAUGAAAAGUGGGGUGGCAACAAGACCUAUGUAGAAUAUGAUCAACUUGAAAAUGACUUCCGUGAUCAAACUGUCCAUCCUGGGGACCUGAAGAAUUCUGUGGAGGUCAUGUUAGAUAAGCUGCUAGACCCAAUCAGGAAGAAGUUUCAGACACCGGAGAUGCAACAACUAAUCCAAAGAGCUUAUCCUGUACCUAAGAAGCAACAAAAGGGAGUUCCCAAAGGACCAGCUGUUGAUAAUGAUGAAAUUAGGCCUUCUAGGCUUGAUAUUCGAGUUGGAAGGAUUAUCAGUGUGGAGAAGCAUCCUGAUGCAGAGAGUCUAUACGUGGAGAAAGUGGACAUUGGAGAAGCAGAGCCACGAACGGUUGUUAGUGGGUUAGUGCAGUACGUUGCUGCUGAGGAGCUCCAGAAUCGAGACGUGGUAUUGCUAUGUAAUCUGAAGCCACAGAAGAUGCGAGGAAUUGAAUCUCAAGCCAUGUUGCUUUGUGCAUCCAUAGAUGGAGAAAAGCGUAAAGUGGAACCAUUAAAUCCUCCAGAAGGCUCUGAACCAGGAGAGCGGGUGUUUGUGGAGGGAUUCGAAAAUGGUACAGCAGAUGAAGAACUGAAACCAAAGAAGAAAGUAUUUGAGAAGUUGCAGGUCGAUUUCAGGAUUUCAGAUGAUUGCAUUGCCCAGUGGCAGGAGAAGAACUUUAUGACAAAACUUGGUGCCAUUACAUGUAAAUCACUAAAAGGAGGAAGUAUAAGUUAAUGAAUACAUCCUACUUGAAAGUACAGAGAUUGCUUUUCAUCUGGCUUUAAGACCUCAGCUCCAGCCCUGUACAGUGAGGAUAUUAUUGCAGUCUCUCAGCUGAAACUCAUAACUAUGUCGUCUGCUAGUGGUGAAAUCAUGAAAGGAUGAAAUAUCAAGGAAUUGAAUAAAGGUUAUUAAUCUUGGAAUAACCACAUUCUCAUUAAUAGUAUCUAAUAUACCAAUUGUCAAUGUGACAGAAUGCAUUUAUUGCUAAGGUGACAUCCUUGCACUGCAUCAGUAGUUUUGGCAGCAUGUACCUUGUGUCUAAGUUGAGAUGUUUGUUAGUUGGCUCACUAGACACUCAAGUAAUUAGACAGUAAAAGUCAACUAUCUACUAAUUAUAAAUAUCAUAGUUGGUAUAUAACCCUGAUGAAGUUCAAGCAGCAGAAGGAAUACAGCACCUCAAACUAACUUCCUCCUCGCACAUCAUCAGGCAUCUUCUGCCCUGUAGCUGGGAAAAAGUCUGUGCUUUCCAUGAUGCCAUCAUUAGCCACUUGUAAACCCACAAACAGGAGCAGAAUUUGACUUUUAUCUUGAGGAAUUGCUCAGGAAGGAUGUUUAUAUUCAUUAAAGCCCAUAUAAAUUAGUCGUAUUAAUUUGACCAUACUUCCAAAUUUCAUCGGAAUGGUUUUUGGUUUCUUUGGCCUCAUAGUACUCUGUAGCUUAAACUUAAUAUACGUAGACUAUCUAUAAACAUCUGUAACUUGCCUUCAUUCAUUAAGGUAAAUGAGUAAUUAUGUUUACUCGGCCUCAAAGCCUGCUCUGAUAUUUAUCUUCUGUGACUUUUGCUAAUGGGGGAGGGUGGCAGUAGCCCAGUUUCAAUCCUGACCUCUGGUGCUGUCUGGGGUUUUUGCACAUUCUUCUGAGACUGUGCUCUAGUUUCUUCCCACAUCCCAAAAAAACGUGGGAUGGUUAAUUGGCCUUUGUAAAUUGUUCCACAAGUGUACAGUAGGUGUGGUAGAAUGUGAGAAUAACAUGGAAUUAAUAUAAAUGCAUGCUUACCUGGGCAGAUUCUGGGGCUGGAGGGUGUGUUUCCAUGCUGUGUGACUUACCUGAUUGGGAUUCAUGUCACAAUUAUGUUGGUGAGACUACACUGAGAACAGUUGUAGUCAUCUUCCAUAAAAUUGGAUAUAUAUGCCACAGAGAGAAUGCAAUGAUGAUUCACUAAGUUGGUUCCUGGGAAAGCAGGCUUGCUGUAUGAACAGAUAUCAAACAGGCAAGACUUGAAUUCUCUAUCAUCGAGAAGAAUAAGAGGUGAUCUCGCUGAGAUUUUUAAAAAUUCACAGGGGUUAAUGCAGAGGAGAUAUUUUUUCCCUUGUUAAGGUGUCUUAAACCAGGGUUCACAGCCUUGGAAAAAGGGGGAAGUCAUUUAGGGCUGAGAUUAAAAUUGAAAUGAGGUAAAAGAGCUCCAUGAACUUGAAAGGCAGAGCAAACUUGAAGGGCCAGAUGCUAAUUCUUAUAAGAAGUAAUGUGCAGGAAAACUGACUAUAACCAGAUUUCAUUGUGUACAUGUGAUCCAUACAAUGCAUGUCUGAGUUUGCAGCAGUAAUACAUUGCAUUUCUAGCAAGGAAUUUGUCAUGGCAUCAGAGAUAUCACCAGCUGCCAAGACCUGUGUUAGGCUUUCAGUUUAUUCUGACAUUUAAAUGAUUUUAGACAUCUUCAGUACUGGAAAUUUUAUGUUGUAUAAAUGAUAAAAUAAUCUUUAAAAAAUUAAGCAACUGAAAUUGUUGUUUUUCCUAGGAAUUGAUUGGGACCCAGAAAUUCUUUGCUUUACUUUGCUUAAAUCCAAGUGGCUUCAAGCUCUAGCUGGGACAGAAUGUAUCAAUGCACUUGUAACUUAGAUACGCCGAUCAUAAGUGAAAACAAUUUCUUGAAUAUUUAAAUGUCUGCAAUUUCUAUUUUGUGUAUUGAAGAAAUAGGGAGUUUUUAAAAUUAUUUUGAGAGAACAAAAUAAUCAGCCUCUCUUUUAAACACCAUGAACUCUGUUGGAAACUAAUUGGAGGUGAUUGAUAUGUUUUCAAUUACGUUGUAAAAACAAUCAGUAUAAUUUUUAUUUUUUUAUUAAUUUAGUUGACCUCCAAGUCCUAUUACAAGUGUACUUGGGUAUCAUGGUGCUCUAUUUUAUGCAUGUGUAGGUGGUUUGGUUUUGAAACAGCUCUCCAUUCAAUUAUGCACUGUUAACUUCUUGAUGGAUAUUGUUCAUACGCAAGAUGCAGUGGCCAAUUCUAAUAAACCAAUUGCUCCUGCUGGUGACCUAACACGGGUUGUUACCUUUGUGUGAUGUGCCCUUCAAUCACUCCAGUAAUGAUGUUCCACAGAGUUGAAGAAAUAUAUUAGAUACUUUAUUAGCAAAACAAUCAUGAAGUGAUGCAAUUAAGCAUAACUAAGCGGUAGAAAAAAAUGACAUCCAGCGGUCCCCAGAACCAAACUGCCUAGAACAAAACACAAAUACGUAACUUAUUCCCUUCACUUCUACCACACCCCCACUUGAAUGACUAGUUAUCAUAAACAUGCAACAGAUGUAAUGUUUCUACACAAGAUUUGCUCGAAAGCUACCCCACUAAGGAUAAUGUUAUUGUUUACUUGAUUUUCAUAUGACAAACAGCCUAUUAGCUGAGUGUAACUGAUAACAAUUGAACCAUAACCUAUAUAUGUUGCCUUUAGAGUUAAAACGCAAGGGGUGUUGGUUAUAGAAAACCUUGAAGAUCAGUUACAGAUAUUAAAACAAAUCAGCUUGAAUUAUACACAAAUCAUGGAUGGAGCUUUCACUCACAUAGUUUGGAUUUUAAUGAAAACUAAUUGUUUGUGGGUAUUACUUGUUGCUUCAAGUAGGCAUUUGAAUUUAAUACAUUUACCACUUUUCCAUUUUCAGACUUACAAGUAAGUUUUUUGGCAAACUUCAGAUAGGACCAAUACUUAGUGUCCCAAGAAAAGCCAGGGGAGUGUAAUUAAUUGGAGAGUUCUUUCAAAAAGCCAGCAUAUGUAUGAUACUUUGUUCAAAUUUAGAGCUGUAUGCAUGUUGUAUAUUGAAAUUGCUUACGGAGGGGUCU